GAGCGCGAGAGUAAAAAGAAAAAAAAGAAAGAAAACAACAACUCAGUAUUUAAAUUCUGUUUCUAUGGUUAUAUAUGUCUACUGUUUAUUCAUAUUUGGCAUGUGUGGUAAAUACAUAAAUAUUUUUUUCUAUUCAUGAUUAUAAUACCAUACCUUAACAACAACAAUAAUAAUACUAUUAUUAUUAUUACUAUUCUAUUACAAUGUAUUGGAUUAAUAUUUGGUUGGUAUUAUACAUUUCCUUUCAUUUCCUUAUGAAUUCAGUUAAAACAGAAACUAUUCAUGGUAGUUAUGAAAUGAUUGUUCGGACUAAAGACCCGAAAUCCUUUAAUGGUAAAUUAUGUGGAGUAUGUUUGAAAUUUUAUAAUUCCGCCAUGUCAUUGUUUCUGGAUCAUACUAAACUUGAACGUUUACAAGAAAAAUUAAUUAAUAUCUGUGAAUUUAUAGGACCAUUUCGUGAUCAAUGUGUAUCCCUAGUCACAUUUACAAUGUUUAAAGCAAUUAAUAAAUCUAUAGCCCAAAUCGAUCCAUCGGUAUCUUGUGAAGGUUGGUAUUUAUGUUAUAAAAAAUAGACAAUCUAGUUCAAUCAAUGCAUGAAACUGUGGAUCUUAAAUGAACUGAAUACAGUGAAAAGUUACUGAUUUAUUUUUUCUUUUAAUGAUAAAUAAAUCUUUAAUGUUAUAGAUUUUAACUAAACGUUUCAUACCAUAUCAAAUACUCUAUAGCUAAUUUAGAAUAACACUAACCAGAGAAUUAAUCAAUAAGUGAAUCUUUUCAUUGAUUAUCUUAUGCUUAUAAUAAAAUUAAAUGAUUUGAUCGUGGAUGCGCACUACUGAA